AAAUGGAAUAGACUCAGGAUCUUGACAGCUGUGGUUAUUUCCAACCCUAUUUGUAUACCGAGUUCGUUUAUAAGGACGGGUCAGAUGAAGGCUUGAAUCUACUAACCCGGUUAAUUCAAAGAAAGAAGACGGUGGACAGAUUAUCAACUGUUAUGGGGAUACUCAAAUUCUUCAUGGGUAACUCCCAUUCAGACAUGUCUGCGCCAGUGGGAGAGGGGCGGGUCAUAGCCCAGAGGGUCACCAGAAGCAUCAUCUACUACUACACCAGAUGGACACCAGGGGGCGAUACCCCCUCCCCCUCUCCUCCCUUUCUCUCAGACACGCCCUCUCACCCCACCGUUUCCUCAACUCUGACCCCUUCCGCUUCGGAUGUACCAACCCUCUCUCCAUCCUCGCACUCCUCCUCCUCCCCCCGUCCCCUCCUCCUGCUCCUCCCUUGGCUUGGCGCCAAACCGGGGGCCAUGGCGAAGUACCGGGACCUCUACCUGGAACGUGGCCUGGACAUCCUAUCUGUGGAGAGCACCGUGUGGCACUUCCUGUGGCCUCGCUGGGGGCUGGAGUAUGGGGCCGAGGUCCUGGAGAUCCUGGACGACCCACGUUUCAAAGGGCGCCCCCUUCUGGUCCAUGCCUUCUCCGUCGGCGGGUACACCUUCACCCAGCUGCUUAGCCAGAUGGUCAGGGAGCCACACAAGUACCCGGGCCUGGCCCAACAGGUCGUAGGACAUGUGUAUGACAGCAUGGUGGUUGGGUCGCUGGAGCAUAUGGCUACAGGCCUGGGCAGGACCCUGUUCCCUCGUAUCGAGCCCCUGGUGCGAUACACCGCUAUGCUAUACUUCUGGCUCUUCAAGUCCCAGACGGUGCACUACUACGACAACGCAGUCCAGGUCUUCUACAACAGCCCCGUCACCGCCCCGGCGCUCUUCUUCUUCUGCGAGAAUGAUGCGCUGUGUGACCCCGUCGCCAUGGAGGCGGCCAUCUACUUCUGGAGGAAGCGGGGCGUUGCUGUGGAAACCAGGAAGUGGAAGGAGUCUGUGCACGCCGCUCAUCUACGCUGUCACCCGGAGGAGUACCUCUUGACGUUAGAGAAAUUUAUGAUCUCGCUCAACGUCGCCACCCUCAGGGAGAACAUGUGAAUGGCUCAUGUGCUAAUCACAAUGGGGGGGGGGGGAUAAUUCAAUAAAGCCUGAAUACUCAUGUUCAAAGGGAGUCUGCAUGUUUUUACUUCCCUGUUGCAAUAAUUACUACAUAUCCAAUCCUGACUCCUAGCAUUUGUGUUACCUAUUAUUAUUAUUAUCCUUGCCAAGGCCAUGUGGGGCCAUGUACAGAUAUAGGAUCUUAAUUUGACCAGCAUUGUCGUAGCAAAAUAAUCCUGCAGCAUCAAGAUUUGAACGUUUAGUGCAUAUUGUUGCUUGAUCGGCGGUUAGGUUAUUAGCUGGACAAAAAAGAAGGCUGCAUGAAAAGUGCAAUACUGUUAAAAUAACCGUGUGUUGGUGUGUUUUUUUU